CCGUCGACUUUCCGCCACCCGGGAUCGCUCUGCAUCAGAAGGCGACCUAAUCCAACAUAAAUAUGUCACCGAAUACCUUACACACCGCGAUCGUCACAGCAAAGGGCAUGUCCUACCGAGCAGUGGCUACGGAGCGAGGACAAGCGCGAAGGCCGAACCAGACUAAGGGUACGUCACCUCGCGCCGAAUCUGGUGGAUUACAAGCCAAGGCCGCCAGCGCCGUAUCCGAUGCUCCCAGCGCGCCGAUAAACGUCCUACCUACGGAACUCCUGGCGGAAAUAUUCAUAAAACUGAUGGACUCUAUCGUCGCCAACAAUGACCUUCGCCCAAAUCCCUCGCCGAUUCUUGGCACCACGAUAACUCGCGUUUGUAAAGCGUGGCGCGUCAUUGCGUAUAACACACCCAUGUUGUGGGUUUACAUUCCUCCGGGCGCUGGAGACAUUAACCUCCAACGAUGUCUUUCCCGCACCGGCGGGUGUCUCCUCAACCUGCAAUCUUCUAUCCGCUCAUCUGAGAUGGUGGCAUUCCUCGCGAAAAUUCGACCGCUCGUAUCAAGGUGCCGUGAGUUACGGCUGUGCGACAAAGGGCAGGCCUUCGACGAAAUUGAACCUAUGGCGACACCGAACCUAGAAUUUGUGCACAUCUACUUGUGCGAAUACAACAUGCCAGAUCGCGACCGGCUCCUCGCCUUCCUCAAGGAUGCACCGCGACUGCGCCGAUUGCACAUCAUCUCUCAAAACCACCGAUAUCCCGACUUCGGCCUCACGCUACCGCCCUCCUCGCGUAUAACAUCACUCAGACUGGACGUCACCUUUCUCGCUGCUCCAACUAUGUCUACGCUCCUCCAGCAAUGCUCCGAUACGUUGCGGGAGCUUGAUUUGCAGGCCGAGCGCGCUGUGGCCUGGUCAGCACCCUCACAGGCACCUGUAGACCUCCCAGCGCUCAAGCGCAUCCGCUUCUACGCAUAUACAUGUGGUGUCCUUCGACACAUCAACCCAACGAGCCUCGAGGAUGUGUCUUUCGAGUGGAAACCUAAAGACAGCCUUAGGGACCUCAACGACUUCCUCGUGCGCUUCCCGACUGCCACCACGCAGAUCCGCUGCCUCGAAGUCAACCCAUGCACGGAUACGGUGGAGAUAUACCUCCAAUGUCUGGGGAAAAUGACUAAUCUUCAGGAACUACGCUUUUGUUACAUAGCAAAAAGCAUCGCGGCCAAGAUUCUGGAUGCUCUGAUCUGCCGCGAUAAUGCGCCGCCUUUGGUACCCAAACUCACCUCCAUAGACAUCCGUCGCGACAUGAGGUCGACGUGGGUGUACAAAAAAUUCAUGUCGUCGAGGGCGGUCUCGAGGGUCGUCUGCGGCACGCAAGUGUCAGCAAUGCGCGACGAUCAAUGGCUCGACAGGCUUCAAGUUUAUGACGGCAUGCAUCCUUGAUGCAUUCAUCAGAGCUACGACUUGAUAUUCGAGUCGCUCGGAUGAGCGAUUGUCGAAGCUGACGCGUGGUUAUAAUCCAUUACUCGUUGUUUUGAGUAGACUUUUCUCCGCAAUGUCGAACCUGGUCGUAUCCCUGCGCGUUUUAUCUCUAUCGAUUCUGGAU